AUCAAACAAUCCAAUAUGGCCGAGUGCUUCGAAAGGGGUUGUUCGCGGCUUAUUCCUCCCCAAAUUUUAGUUAUUUUAGUAUAUUUUUAUUGAGAUACGAUUGUCUUACUAUAUUAUGUAAGUCAAUGCACCUAAUGAAGACGUUUGCGUAUUCUGAAGAUGCCAGUUAACCCUGUGUCUGAAACGAAAAAAGGAAUCGAAAAAUCUAAAUUUUCGCUAUCGUUAAACAGAAAUAAUGCUGUAUGUGUGACUAACGAGAACAGAAAACUUGGAGAUUCUAAAGAGAACAUUGCUGUGAACAAACUAGCUGCUGGUGACAAUAAGGAGAAUAAGCCAGUGAAACGGCCGUUCAGGAACACCUACUUCAAUACUCUAAGCGCAGCUAAAAGACUCAAACCUCUGAUUGAAACAUCAAAGUCAAUAGAUAAACACGUCCCUGAUCUAAUAAUACUAGAGCCCAAGCCUGCCAGCACUGCCAUGUUGAAUGGCCACCACCAGACGGAGAACCAGUAUGGAGCGGCGCCGCGGAAGACUCCCAUCGCCACUCUCUCCAACCUAGGAAACACUUGCUUUCUCAACAGUGUGCUUUAUACAUUACGAUAUGCACCUCGAUUCCUACACAACUUACACCACCUCGUAUCGGACUUGGCCAGUCUAGAACAGAAGCUAGGAAGCAUCCGCAUGAAGAGUUCCUCUCUAGGCCGGAGUGCGGCAGGCCUAGCGUCUUCUGGAGCUCGGUCAUGGAGCAGCAAAGAUCUGCUCUCUCUCGGCCAAGCAGACAACAGCUCCGGAAAGAGUAAAAUACAGAUAGCAACGGAGAAGCUUCACGAGACAUACUUCAGCAUGCGAGCGGCGGAGAGCAAGUGCCUCAGCAGUAGUUCGGCCGACGCCAGCCCGGAACCCUUCGCGGCUGACGCCUUCCUUGCUGCGUUGAGGGACGUCAACUCCACCUUUGAAGGCAACCGCCAACAAGACGCGCACGAGCUGCUAGUGUGCAUACUAGACAACAUCCGCGAGACGUGUCGAGCGCUUAGCACACGCGCCGCACGAUUGCAGCUACACGAAAAUGGCGACAGCAACGGCAUCGGCCGCCAGCCUAGCUUAGACGGCGACGGCGGGAAGCCAACCCUCGGCAACCUUCGCAAGUCCUGGAAGAAACGCAAAGAAGUGCUCGCUAGUGAGAAGAAAAACUCCCCUACGGAAGAGAAGAGCGCAGCGCCUGCCGACCCUGAGAGGGAUGAGAGGUCGAGGCCUGGCUGGGACUUCGUGGCUGAUGACUUUGAAGGCAUGAUGGUGGUCCGCACGAUGUGCCUGGAAUGCGAGACAGUCACGGAGAAGUCUCAAGCCGUGUGCGAGUUAUGCGUGCCGGUAGGCGACGACGACGCCGACGACGAGCCCUUCCGCGCCGCCUGCCUGUCCAGCGAGUACCUGCGCGACCAGAACAAGUACUGGUGCGAACGAUGCCUCCGCUACAACGAGGCGAGACGGAGCGUCGCCUACUCGCGUCUCCCGCGACUACUAGUGCUGCAACUGAAGCGGUUCAGCGGCGGCAUGGAGAAGAUCACGCGUCACGCGCCCACGCCGCUGCUCAUGCCUUGCUUCUGCGAGCCUUGUGCUCGCCGGCUGCCCGAGCAGCAGCCGCAACACAGAUACAUCCUAUGGGGCGUGAUAAUGCACCUGGGGCAGACGCUAACCGGCGGCCAUUAUGUAGCAUACGCACGAGACUCGCCCGCCGAACCAGCUUGUCGCCGCCAAGCGCCGCCGGAUCACGCUGCGCCGCCCACUACGUCUGGAUUCAUGCGAACGCUGUUCAACCGGCCUCGCCCGCCGCCGGCCGGUUGCGCGGCUAAAGAAUGCUGCGUGCCUAGACCUCGGAGCGAAGCGUGCUGGCUGGCCUGCGACGACGAACUAGUCAAACCCAUCUCCAACGAGGAGUUCGAGGAUUUACUCUCCGCGGAACCCAAAAUGAGGUCCGCGGCAACACCAUACCUACUCUUCUACGUCAAAAGCGAAGUCGGCUAGUGACCGCCGCACGCGUUGCGGCCGCGAAACGCUCGCUACUUCAGCAAACGGUACUUUGGCGUCUUCAUGUAUUCAUUUGACUAUUGAUUGGUGUAGCGAAGUCGAUUUUUGAUGUCACCAGUGACUUGGAUUUUGUAUUUUAUGGUAAAACAUUUGCCUGUUUUUGGUUUUGGAGACACGUACAAAAUGAAUCGAUUAGAAAUAUAUUUUUAAAAGAUCGCUAACAAAAUGUGUAAUGAUUGUUUUAGUCUGGUGUAUGUAAUUGACAAUUGAUUUAUCAUUGUCUAUUGGUCACAAGUUUUCAUGUUUAUUGUAAUUAUAUGAAAUUCAAAAAUCGACUCGCUGGCAUAAGUGAUAUUACAUUGGCAGCGGGUAUCGCGCGUUUGGUGUCACGUGGAACAAACGAUUGUAUUGCUGUGUAAAAUAAAAUUGCUGUAGUAACUAAACUACGGUUUAACGUCCGUAUUGCCUUGUAUAAACAGAACGGCUAGCAGGUCCAAGUGAAUAUCUACCAGUGUUGUUCAAACCAUACAGGUCUUAUGACAAAGAUCGUUAUACGUCGUACGAUUAAGGUGCUCGAUAUUGAAGCUAUACGGUCCCUUUGUACUACGUCAACGUAACUUAAAUACAUUCGAUUUAACAUCGAUUCUAAUCUAGAGAUUUAUAAUUCGAGUUGAUCAGAAUCGCAGAUUAUUGCAGUACUCUCACUAAAUAGACACGAAAAUACGACCCACUAAGGACAUCUUACCAUGAAAUUUCGUUGUGACGAAUGCCAUUGGUCAAUAGACUCACUGUUACACUUCUGCACCAAUAUCUCAAUAAUCUGCAAUUAUGAAACUGCUCGCAUUAUAAAAUCAACUAACCUAUCUUCAGUAGCUUCUUGGUUUCUUCUAACACCUUUUAAAAUGUCGAAAUUGUUCCUAGAAUGUUCUAAGGCGGUUCCCAGUGAACAUGGAGUAUUAUUUCACACCGUCUAAUCUAUUAGAUUGUAACUUAGCUCUUUCGUUCUUUCAUUUAGACGCUUAAAAGACAAACCUAGAUGUAGGCACAAACUAAUAAUGUGUGUCAGCCUGACGUGAUAUUAUGAACGUAGCUAAAGUAUAUUAUAUGUAUAUGAAAAAUAGUAUUUAGAUAUCGAUCAAAUAUAUUGUAAAGUAUAACAAGCGUUCGAGAUAUUUUCACUCGUUACGAUCUGACAAUAUGGACUCUUAAAUAGUUUGGAUAUAUCUUCUGAUGUAUACUGAUUGUAUAUUUGACGUUUAGCCUGUUACUGCGUGAAAUAUUAUAUGAGAUGUAUAUUGCGGCGU